UGUUACAAUGAUGACAUUUUGAAGUAUUGAUAAUCUUUUAAAGUGCAUUCUACGAUUCUUUAAAACGUAAAAGUCCAUUAAAAUAGUGGUUACUCGAUUAAUUAGAACAAUGGUAACACCACUAAGUGCAGACGACUUCACUGCUAUGGAGGGUCAACUACGGGAGUGUUUGGAGGAGGACAGGAGGUACCUGCGGGUUAAUAACGUCAAAUGUGACGCUAUACACACAGCUAAAACUUACGAAGAAUUCGCAGAUCGAGUUGCAGCUGCGCAUUUGCAACCUUUAGAAAAAGAGGACUACAAGAACAAAUUCCCUCGCUCUUGGAACCAAUAUGCUGGCAGGAAAACAAAUGAAGAUUAAUAAAGCUUACU